CACUUUUCUCUCUCUUUCUCUCUCUCGCUUGUCCAACAUCUGCCCAUUUUUUCUCCAUCCUUUCACCGAGCAAUUUAAACGAAAGGACUUUCCCAACCAGCUAGUGGCAUGGAGCAUGGAACGUAGAGCAUACUUAGUCUGCUCUUGGUGUCUUCCAGGCCCCAUCUCAUUUACCGGCCAAAAGGAAUUAGUGUAGCUAUUUGCUGUGGGAACCGACUAAGAAUGUUCUAUAGAAGCGCUUGGGAGGUUAGUUCAUGCCGGGAUCGCCCAGGAAGUCCCCCGGUCCUCGCCACGGGAUCAGCUGGCUUAAGGCAGAGAGUGGGUGCCUUGGAAUUUCCAUCGACCGUGGUGGGAAGUGCCGAAGGCGACAAUCAAAAUUAAUUUGCGACCAACGUAUAAAUGGUGGCAUGCAUGUCCAUAU